AUGCGACAUCUUUUUGUGGCAGCCACGUUCUGCGCAGUGGCAGCCCAAGCCAAGCCCGCCUCCGUCCCCGGCGCCGAGUGCAAAUGCUUCCCCGGAGACGCCUGCUGGCCGACCAUCCAGCAAUGGAACGAGCUCAACGCCACCGUCGACGGCAACUUGAUCGCGACCGUUCCUCUGGCCUCUGCCUGCCACGACCCCAACUACAAUGAGACUGCGUGCGCGACUCUCCGCAAUGCGUGGUUGUCCCCCACAGUCCAGUAUGUCGACCUUCCGCCAAUGAUCCAUCGCACCCUAACAAGAUUUACUUUCAGCCUGAGCUCCUCCUCGUCCGUCAUGGCUCCCCUCUUCGCCAACCAGAGCUGCGACCCCCUCCAGCCUCGCGCCGCGCCCUGCACCCUCGGCACCUACGUCCGGUACGCCGUCCGCGUCCGGCACGCCGCCCACGUCGCCGCCGCGCUGCGCUUCGCCGCGCGGCACCGCGUCCGCCUCGUCAUCCGCAACACCGGACACGACUACCUCGGGCGGUCUACCGGCGCCGGCGCCCUCGCCGUCUGGACGCACCACCUCGACGACGUCUCCGUCCUCGACUGGCGCUCCGCCUCCUACACCGGCAAGGCGCUCCGCAUCGGCGCCGGCGUCGUCGGGCACGAAGCGCUCGCCACCGCCGCCGCCGCCGGACUAGUCGUCGUCACGGGGGAGUGUCCCACCGUCGGUCUCGCAGGCGGCUACGUCCAGGGCGGCGGGCACUCCGCGCUCAGCACCGCGCACGGGCUCGCCGCCGACAACGCGCUCGCGUACGACGUCGUCGUAGCCACCGACGGGCGGCUCGUCACCGCCACGCCGGACAACCGCCACCGGGACCUCUUCUGGGCGCUGAGCGGCGGCGGCGGCGGCAACUACGGCGUCGUCGUCGCCAUGGUCGUCCGCGCGCACCCGGACGCCGUCGUCAGCGGCGUCUCCUUCGACGUGCAGCUGCCAGGCAGCGGCGGCGGCGACGAUGACCGCAUGAUGGACGUGGUGGAGGCGUACCACGCCGCGCUCCCCGGCAUUGUCGACGCCGGCGCCAUGAGCAUCUACUUCUUCGGCGCCGGCUUCCUGCGCAGCCCUGCCACCACCUUCUUCAACAAGACCCGAGCCGAGGCCGAGACCGCCCUGCGGCCUUUCCUCGCCGCCGCCGCCGCCCUCAAUGCCACCGUCACGCCCACCUUCACCCAGUUCCCGGCUUACCUCGAGCACUACGCGCACUACUUCGGCCCCCUGCCCGCCGGGAGCAUCCGCGUCGGCGAGUCCCUCUUCGGCGGCCGCCUCGUCGACCGCCCCUCCCUGGCGCGCUUCUCGCCGACCGCGCGCCGGCUCUCCCGCGCCGGCGUCACCUUCAUCGGCGUCGCCCUGGACGUGUCCCGACACGACGGGGUGAGGGCGGCCGUGCUGCCGCAGUGGCGCGGCGCGAUCGUCAGCGCGUCGCUCACGCUGCCGUGGAGCUUCGACGCGCCGUUCGCGGACAUGAGGGCCGCGCAGGACCGCAUCACGACGGAGGUGCAGCCGCUCGUCGACCGCGCGACGCCGGGAGGCGGCGCGUACAUGAACGAGGCCGACUAUCAGCAGCCCGACUUCAAGGAGGCCUUCUUUGGCGACAACUACGACCGUCUGCGCGCGGUGAAGCGCGCCUGGGACCCGGAGGGCCUGUUUUACGCCGUCGCGGGCGUGGACAGCGACAGAUGGGAGGUGCGAGGGGACGGGCGUCUUUGCAAGGCGUCGGCGUAG